AGAUAAACGCCAGAACAGGCAAAUGCUUGAUUGUCGGUGAGGCACUUGAACUCAGCUGCAGUUUUAACAACAGAGAUGAAGGUCACAACCUGCAACAACUACAAAUAUAUCAUACAGAUAAGGCGAAAAGAACUGUGCUCAACAGCUCUGUGGCAUAUGAUGAACGGUCUAUUCGAUUAGUUAUUUCAAACAUGGAAAAAGACGACAGUGGGAUGUAUGAAUGUUACUAUAAAAAUGACCCAUCUCAGUCAACGUCUCUGUUCUUCAAAGUGACAGAUCCUCGCCCUAUGCCAGAAGACAUGGAAUGCAUAGCCAACGUAACCAAAGUUAUUUGUUCAUGGACGGGUCAAGACAAAUGUUCGUCUUGGAGACUGUUCUACUCCGUAAAUGGAAAACCAGAGACCGAGUGUGUAAUUCAAGCUCAAAAUAUACCACGACAAUGCGCAGAUAGCAGAUUAAGUUCCAGCUAUAAAAUGCGAUCAAGGUGUCGUAUUGACAAAACCAUGAAGUUGGAAUGCCGUAUGGAGAAUUUCCGAGGUAAUUAUGUAUUCCGUCUUCAAAGAAACACAUCCUUUGGACAUCUGACGGAGAAAGUGAUCAGGAAGAGGUUCGACGAUACUAUUAUGAAACUCGAUCGUUUACGAAACUUUCAAGUGAACAUAACGUCCAAAACUUUGACCCUCGGCUGGCAAUUUCUGCAUUCUCCAUACUAUUUUGACAAUGGAAUUAGCUGUAUGCUGACCUGUGGUGAGGAAACAAGGCCUCUA